AUGCAACACUUUUACGAAGACGAAACGUUGUUCGUCCAGUCCACAUGGGAUUUCUUUUUUUCUAUUUCUUUCUUUCCUUCUUUCUCCAUUUCCCUUUCUUUCUUUCUUUCUUUCUUUCUUUCUUUCCUGUUUCUGUCUUUAUCUAUUUUUAAUGAUCUUCUUUUCCUUCUAGCGCUUCUCCCUCGCUUUUCUUUCUUUCUUUCUUUUUUCUUUCUUUCUUUCUUUCUUUCUUUCUUUCUUUCUUCUCGUUUAUCUCCUUAUCGAUUUCUAACGUUUUUCUUUUUCUCAGACAAAUUACUCUUUCUUUCUUUCUCUCUUUCUUUCUUUCUUUCUUUCUUUCUUUCUUUCUUAUCUCCUUAUCGAUUUCUAAUGAUGGUCUUUUCCUUCAACCGCUUCUUCUUCGCUUUCCUUUCUUUCUUUCUUUCUUUCUUUCUUUCUUUCUUUCACAGUCAUUUUUUCUUUCUCUUUGGAUCGUUAUUUUUUCCUCAUCUUCUUACUGCUCACCCUUGUCAUCCUUCCCCAUUUCCUUUCUUUUACUUCAAAACCGAUUUGCUCUUCUUCUUCUUGAUUCUAUCUUUGUCUUCUUUUUGUAUUUCAUUUUUCUAUGACGUUUUUUUUUUUAUUUCACUUUCUCUCAUUCCCAAUUUGAUGCAAACUCACUUUUCUUUUUUCUUUUCUCGCCAUCUUGUUCUAUUUGUCCUUCACUUCUUUGUAUUAGUCUUAGUUUUCUUUCCGCCUAUUUGUUGUUGUUGUUGUUGUUGUUCUUCUUCUUCUUCUUCUUCUUAUCUUCUUCUUCUUCUUCUUCUUCUUCGUCUUCUUCUUCUUAUCUUCUUCUUCUUCUUCGUCUUCUUCUUCUUAUCUUCUUCUUCUUCUUCGUCUUCUUCUUCUUAUCUUCUUCUUCUUCUUCUUCUUCGUCUUCUUCUGCUUAUCUUCUUCUUCUUCGUCUUCUUCUUCUUAUCUUCUUCUUCUUCUUCGUCGUCUUCUUAUCUUCUUCUUCUUCUUCUUCGUCUUCUUCUUCUUAUCUUCUUCUUCUUCUACUUCGUCUUCUUCUUCUUCUUCUUCUUCUUCAUUUCCAGACUCGUCUUUUCUUCUUCUUCUCCUUCUUCUUCCCCUCCUUUCAUUCAUUCAUUAAUUCUUCUUCUUCUUCUUUGA